GUCGCAGUUUCAGGAGCUUCUAUAUUUAAAUUCUCAGGGUCUGAAGCGCCCGAAUACGCACGGAAGGCGCCGAAGAAAUAUAGAAUGCACCAAAACAUACACUGGCUGUCGCUGAUUACAAGUAAGCUUGGUCUACAUAUCGUCAUACUCUUCAUUUCCGUGGCAUGCAUGUCAGAAGCAAUGAAGAUUGAAAUCUUUUAUAUAUAUAAUAAACGUGGCCACUUUCUUGGCCUAGGUUCUCGUGCUGGAAAAUGGGUUCAAGCUUCUGCCGUCGACCUUAGCAAGUAUGGUCUUUUUGUUCGGAGGCAUUUCAAGUCAUCAGGGGGAGUAUCACUAGCUUGAUCGGAGACUGAAGGUCAUCGUACCUGGAGUGAGAAGGUGAAAUGUCUCGACUGCUUCAUGAGUGAGGAAGAAGGAUAAACAUCCAGUCGUGAUGACAGUCGGUGCAAAGGACGUAAUUAUAAGAUGCCGGAGCUCAGGUCCGGCAUUCAAAACACAACACACAACACAAACUAAC